AACACUUCGACUUUUUUAAGAAAAAAUUGGUUUUAUGUCAAAACAGUCUAUAAAUGAAGGUCGUAUUGAACGUUAAAUCCGAAGUCAAAAGCAAAUCUUUACACGGUGUGGUGUUGCAGUUUUUUUGCUUUUUUAUCACGAAGAAAAUGGCAUUUAUUUUAACGGUGAGCUACUUUUUACAUGGCUCCCGGCUUAUAAAUGCUUUUGUUACCAACGUGAAUUAGUUUAUUUUUUACAUGAAAGGUUUUCGGGUGCCGUCUUAGAUACAAUGUUUGAUUCUGUUACAUGAGUCACAGGUGGAAUUUUAUGUUAUCCAAUGCAAUAGAAAUCUUGCUUAAAACUUCUGCAGUCAUGAAACUGUUAUUUUCUCGCCCACAAUUUACGUUUCUUUUGUCUCCGACUUGAAAGCAUUUGACAUCCGAGACCCAAAAAACAAGCUAGGCUAAAUUAAUGAGAUCAUGCGUGCUUUGAGGGAAAUGAAAACUGCCUACGCGCAACUGUGUACAUGAAAAACUCGGAACCAUUGCCGAGCUGCUUGAACACUCCCGAUAACCAAUAUCGAUGAUUUUGAAACGAUCGAUCGAUUCGUAGCAAAACUAUAACUGUGUGCUGCGCUGGGAUUUCACCGAUUUGAAGAAAGGCGGAAACUGUUGACAUGAUUUUCUCUGUGCGCAAUUUGAUUGGUCAGCCACUGGUGGUCGAGUGGCUGUAAGCCACUUUACCUAGGUCAAAUGCCUUUUAUAGCAUUCUAAUUUACUAUUUAUUUAUCAAGGAAAAAGCGUGAAUAGAAUAGAGCACAGAUUUCUUUUUUACCAGCUUUUAGAUGCCAUACCUCUCUCCACAGCUCAAACUAUGCUAUGCAUUUCUCUAAAAUUCUGCUUUCUAUUAUAUUUAUUUACUAUACUAAGAUUUAGCAAGCAGCAGGAAUGUUUAAAUGGACUAUGAAUUCAAGCUUUUUAAUGAUUUGGAAACGAUAAUAUCUGCGCAAAUCAAACAUGACUGAACUUACAAAAUAUCAAAAUCUACCGUUGAAAUUUACCGACAAAGUUUAGAUGGGGCGUUGCUUGGUGACGUGUCUAUUUUUUGCCUGUUUUCGUAGAUUUUUCUUCACUUGCCAUUCGAUCAUAUACAUCUCUAAGUAGUUCUAGUGAUUUUUCUUAAUUCAAGAAAAAAACAGUAAAUUUUUAUCUGAAAGCUUCUUUUCAAGAGAGUUUCAAGCAAUUUUGAAAUGAGCCAAUAAAAACACGACCAAGAACGCUUUUUUCCGAUAUCAGAACAUACACUGGCAUGUCUAGCAAUCUAAAGCUUAUUAGGUUUUUGUUUUAACUUCCUUUGUGUUUUUGACCUCACUUGGAGGUCGAUUCCGUACUGUUAUUCGUUAUUCUCUGUUUGUUUAAUUUUUACGCUUUUCGUCAACUUUGAAUUAUUCAUUAUUUUUUAUGCAAACCCUUUUUAUAUUGGAAGAGGUUCUCCGUUGCCAAUGUUUUGACAACAUGCCAUUGAAAAUCCACCUGCAAAUUGCAAAAUUCAAGACACAGUGCCCGAAUAGAGCGCUCAAUAGCCGUCCUCAGCGAUGAAUUUGCAUUAACACAUCUUUAAUACGCCUUACAUAAUACACAAUGGGGUCACCUGUUUUGUAAAGCUUAAAGCGCAAUUUUGCUAAGGACAACAGAUAAUCAAACUUUGAUGAAUUUUCGCUCUGCAAGUAUUUUCGAAAGUCGUCCACCGUAAAGUAACUGGCAUAUGUCCUGAUUCUUAGUCACAAGUCACAAAACAAAACGGCCAUCGUCGUUCACCAUGAAGGAGAAUCUGUUAUUACUCGUGAAAAUCGUCACAUUCGUCCUCUGCUUAGCCUGCACACAUGCCGCGGAAAACUGCACAACCAAGCGAAAAGCAUGCCAAAAAAGCAUUCACGUGAGCUACUGGAAUAUUCCGCCUUACAUCAAAGCACCAACAACCGCUGGCCUGUCACCUACCGGAAUAUUCCCCAAUAUCCUCAGCAAGUUGCUUCAGGAAUGUUGUGGAAAAUGCGCACAAAUUGAGUACAAGAAAAUCGUCAACAAUUCAGAAGACCUGAAAGCAGAACUGUCUGGGAACAGUACCAUGAUUGCGAUGCCGAUUUAUGGGAGCAUGACUGAUGUUAAAUACCAUAAUAAGCCAUACUUCCCACUAGUGGAAUCCCCCGGUGUAAUCUACAUACAGAAAGUUCAAGAAUCUGGAAAUGCUGCUAAAGCUGUUAUGGAAGCAGUUCUGCAGGGGUGGCCAGUUCUAGUGUUAACAUUGAUCAUGGCUGCCCUAUCUGGAAUAGUUAUGUGGGCACUGGAUUCUUACUGGAACCCUGAUCAGUUCCCAAAUUCAUUCUUCAAAGGAGCAUGGGAAGGUUUCUGGUGGGCGUUCGUGUCUAUGACAACUGUGGGAUAUGGAGAUCGUGCCCCAAGAUCGUUUAUUGCCAGGGUUUUUGCCUUUUUCUGGGUCCUUGUUGGUUUGGUCAUCAUUUCCAUUUUUACAGCUACUGUAACAACAUCACUGACUGCUUUGUCGCUUAGCAAUGACGUCAGCAUCUACGGAGCAACGAUUGCAGCCCUGAGCAACACGGAAGAGCAAAGAUAUGGCAUCAAGAACAAUGCAAAAGUCAAAGAGUAUGCAAGUGUCAAGAACUUCCAGGAAGCCAUCCUUGUUCCCAAAGACAAAGUUGUCGGUGGGCUGAUUGACAGUUACGUGGCGGGUGCUCACAAAGACCUACUCUCCCAAGCCAAAGGCCUAAAAGUAGCGACUGUUUUCGAUCACCAGUUUGCUUAUGGAUUCGCUAUUGCGAAUGCACUUAAUGAUAACGAUGUCGAGAGAUGUUUGAGGCGACAACUCAGCACGAUGGAAAGUGAAAUCACAAGAACCAUCCAGGAAAUGAUGGAGGCACUACCGGACUCCUCGAAAAGUGCCGCUGAAGAGAAGUCGAGCAGUCUGUUUGACCCGAACUCCGAGAUUUUCCAAGCAGCUGUGUUUUCAUGUCUUGGUAUGAUUGCCUUCUUCACCAUCGUUGGCGUUGCUUGGGAGUACUUCUAUUACAGGCCACGUCAACCAAAGGAAGCGAAAACACUUGUUGAAAGGCCUCUGAGCCCACAUACUACUUUUGAGGAACUUGUAGCUGCGCAAGCGCAAGAGCUGGAGGAUGCAAUGAUUACCGAAGUGAUGGCAUUCUACAAGACAUGGUCCAAGAAGUUGGAAGAAAUCAAGCAAAAGAGCCUUCGCGGAUGUGACUUAGAUGAUGCAAAAACUGAUAUUAAAAUGUAGAAAGUUCUUGGGUCUCUUGGGUCUCCUGGGAAAUAAAGGCUGCACAAUAUCAAUCAUUUUCACGGUUACAACCAAAUGUACAGUCACCUGAUACUUCUGCAGUGUUCUUGCAUUGCGAAUCAUAAACCCCAGAUCAGUGUUGUCAUGAAAUACUUUCAACUGCAAUAUUUCUCUCAGUUUCUAAUCAUUUUUAUGAAACUUGUUUCAAACACUAAGCACAUUUUACAUGUAAGAGUUUUCGCAGAUAAGUCAUUGAGAGAUGCAUUUUGAACUAGAAAGAGAUAAAAUCAAGGAUCUCGAUUUAUAAUUUUGCCAAGCGGAUAGUUGAUUGCCGUAAAUAUUUUCGCAAACAUAUCAGGAAAACAUUCCAGCGGUGUUAACGUUUUGCUAAGUAUUUUUGCCUUGAAAACCUGCUUUUUUCACUUUCUGCACAUAAAUCCGUAUUUUGACGGAUAAGUGACAACGGUAGCCAAUACAUACGUUCCUUCGGACAAAAAUCACGUGAAUUUUUUGCCAGUUUUAGUUCGUAUACUUUAAACAGAUUUUGAGUAACUUGUGGAUAGUAUGAAACCAUGGUAGUUAUUGGCAUCAAGUGGUUGCGAGUUUAUACGUAUUAUAUUUAGCACGGAUCUUUACCGAUAUCAUUUAAUGACGGGCUCAAAAUGCUACGUGAUUUGCUCUACUUUCAGUAAUUUCUAAGUUAUUUCUUUGUUUUAUUGUAGGUAAUUUUAGAUGUAUCUAUUCACUAAAGUGUUGUUGAUAUUUGAUUGCACGGAACUGCAAACUGUUUUUACUAUUGUAGAUUAAUAACGCACCUUUUGUUUAAUAUUGCUUUAAGCUUAGACUAUUCACAAAAUUUGUCUCUAUAAAAAAGUGUUUCUGCA